AUGUUCGACGCAUUGUUGGCCAGAAUCUGUCGGAGUGAGGAUGCCGCCAUUGCUGCCGCUGGCAGGCACCUUGUCUCGCGCGAUGCUUUUUAUGCCCUCCCGUGUCUGCAACAACUGACAGCAGAGGCCGUGCUCCAUCUGAUGGAAGAUCUGGCGAGCAACGUACCCGCCAACAAACAGGCUGAUGAGAACGUCUUGCAUCAAUGGGCUUGCGCUAGUAUUGCCUCGCAAGCCUCAACAUCAGAAGCGUGCGUCCCUUAUGGUCCAGCUGUUGAUGGACGCGCAAGUAACCGAAGAACGAGUGAUCUGGAGGCUGAGGCUGCCAUGCCUGGCUGA